AUGUCCAUUACUAGUCGUAUUAAUUCUAAUGGCAUGAGGAUCGUGCGCGCUGGGAAGGUCACUGAAACGCCAGGUGGUGAUCCGCAUCCAAGAGGCAUCCCCGGCGCUGGCGACUUGAUGAAACUCUUCCUGUUUCUUGUACUCAUUCACAGCGUUGACGAUGGAAACGAUGGAAAUCGAAAGAAAGAUCGCUCCGCCUUCGAUCAAACCGCUAAGACCGUUUACCUCUCCCGUAUGAGGAUCCGGCAUGAACAUCCCGAAUACAGACGUUAUUAUCGCCAUUACGGUAAGAAUUUGAAUCAUCAAAUCCUCUUUAAUCGAUUUUACAGCGAAGCUCCAAAUCGAAUUUCGUGGAGGCGGGGGGAGGACAUUCGCGCCAUACCGCAACCGGCGAUGCGCUACCGAGGAUUCAUCAAUUCCAUAUCGUCGAUUCCUGGAAGAAAACGAAGGUACGGUCAUGGAUCCGUUUGGCUCUCCUUCCUCAACCACGCGGACGUUAAGCUCCUGCAAGACGCCCUCCGUCCCUCCAAAAAGCUCAUCUAA